UCUUAAGUUCUGCUGAAAUCAAAGAUAAAAUAAUCAGCAUAUCUAAACACAUUACUGCACGAAAUGAUAAUGAUGACCUUUCAAAAUUUGAAGAUGAACAUUUAAAGAAUGAUGAUAACCAUUCAAAAAAUGAUGAUAACCAUUUAAAAUAUGAUGACACCCUUUCAGAAGAUGAUGAUAACCAUUCAAAAUAUGAUCAUGAUCAUUCAAAAGACAUUGCACAUCAUAAAUGUGAUAUUCCUCAUCCAGCCAGUAACAAAGCAAAUUCAAAGACAGAAAACAAAAAGGGAGAUUUUAACCAAACAAUAUUCAGCAUGACCAUCACUGAAAACGGAAUUGAAUUUUUCAGUGAUAUGAAAAGUGAACAAUUCGAACUAAAGGAAACAAUAAAGGAGGUAACCUCCUAUAGAAAAUCAUCAAUUGUGGAAACUAAGAAUUUAUCUGAUGAGGAAGAAAGAAGGAGAAAAUAUAUUGAGAGUAAUGAAGGAUGGGUCCCUUAUCGUAAAAAGAAAACCACUAUUAAUUCAGAACUGCCUAAACAUCUCACAUGUAAAUAUUGUGGAAAAUAUGCAAAUGACACUCUUGCACCAAAAUUGAAUCAUGCUCAGCAUAAACGUAAAACAAUGUAUGAUUUAGCUAUGCAUAAUAACGGUUAUGAAAAGGGAAAUCCACACAGAGAUGAAAACACCCCUUGGAAUCAUCCUAAAAAUACCCCUGAAAACACCCCUUGGAAUCAUCCAAAAAACACUCCUGAAAACAUCCCUUGGAAUCAUCACAGUCAUCGUCCAUACCAAAAUAACUGUGACAAUAAAUGUAGAGAGUUUCGCAAUAGGCAACCAUUGCAAAGACAUUCACUCAACAUUCCAAAUCAAACUUGGUUGAAAUGGGAAGAGAUGAAAGGUAGAC